AUGAUAUCGACGCUCCGUCGAAGCAGCAAUUUGGCUGCUGCCUCCUUCAAGCUCAGACACGCCUCUCCCCAAACAGUCACAAUCGGCCUACAAUGCCUCUACUCAUCAAACAGGCCCUUCAGUUCCAGCACCACUCGCCUCAGUCUACCACCGCCAUAUAACUCCAAGCCAUCUUCCUCCUCUUCCGCUGCAGCCGCCGCUCCAACCAUCUCAUCCUCCGCCGCAGAAACAUCCAUCUCCUCCCCCGUCAACGCACCCGCCAGCACCCGCCCCGCGUUCCUCGAUUUACCUUCAAAAUCCAACCCGCAGACCUCAGGCACAUUCUCAUACUACUUCGCUCUGGGCAAGGCAUACCUAGGCUUCUACAAAACAGGCCUCAAAAACGUUUACGGGAAUUACAAGACCUCCAUCCCACUGCGGAAACAACUCGGUCUACCAGUGUACUUGCCACGAUCACCAUGGACGAACAUCACCGCUACUUCCACCGCCGUUGCUACAGACAGCACACCAUUGACUAGAAGCGAUUUCCAGCUCGUUCGACGCAGCGCAUAUGAUCUCCGCAGAAUGAUUCCGUUCGCGUUCAUCCUGCUUCUAUGCGGCGAAAUGACCCCCUUCGUUGUUCUCGCAAUAGGCAACCGCGUAACGCCCAUGACAUGCCGAAUGCCUAAGCAAUUAAUCAAGGAACGCGGCAAGAGAGUUAUGUACAAGGAUGCCGCAUUGCUUGGUCUACCAACCAGCCAGCAAGAGGUGCUUGCUCCGUCCUCGCUACGUCAAGUCAAGGACGUAUCGACACUAAGUGUUGACGAAGUUCUUCGAUCAAGCGUUGUGUUUGGGUUGAGGAAACGACAUGAUUUACCUGUUCCGGGAUUCCUACAGACGAUGCUAGUCAACCAGGUGUAUAGGCCUCGACUUCAGCGGUGGAUGGAGUACCUUGCUGCUGACGAUAAGUUGAUUGUUAGCGCUGGUGGGUUGAAGAAUAUGGUUGCUGAAGAGGUGCGGUUGGCUGUUGAUGAGAGGGGUGGUGUGGAUGUUGGUUUGGGUCUUGAGGGACCUGCGAGUGAGGCUGCUGAGAGGAAAUGGUUGGCUAAUUGGAUUGGGGUCAAGGUGUAG